AUGGUACAGCUGCACGGGAAGCAGCUGUUCGUGCUCACGGUGGCCAUUGUCAUCCUCUCGACGACGUGGCUCAAGAACCUCGCUGGUUUGGGCCGGCGUGGCCGACAAGUGCUUCCACAUGGCGGGAAGCAACCUCUAGAAUCUGAGCAGGUUGCCCACCACCUGCCCACCACCCUCAGCCUCUACUUCUUCAUCUAUUUCAUCGGCCAUGGCGUCUUCCCGACCGUGCACUCCUUGAUGAAGUCUAAGAAGGAUUUUCCUAAGGCGCAGGUGACGCUGAACUUACCCUCGGGGAAGCUAUACACCAGGAUCACCAUCCUGACGACACUGAUCUCCCUGCUAGAGAAGUACGGACUCGAGAUCCAGCUCAUUGCAACGGUGAUAAAGGAGAAGCUGUCGUUGACGACGGCAGCGGCGACGGACGCCGAGAACAACAGGCAGACCAGGGUGCUCACCAGCACAGCCGUCGUUGUCAGCACGGUGGUGCUGGCGUGCACGGUACCCUUCUUCAGCUACCUCAUGUCGUUCAACGGAUCUUCGCUGAACGUCACCAUUGCCGUGUUGUUCCCAUGCCUGAGCUACCUCAAGAUCUACAUGCCCUGA